AGGAGGGCUCCAAGCUGAGGAACCCACAGGCUGAGUUCAGGCCCAUCUGCCCCAGGCCCCAUCUCAGGCAUUCUCUCCCCACACCCGAGCCAGAACCUGUUUAUGGUCUGGCGGCCCCCUCCCUGUGCAGUCCCACUCCUUCCUACUGUUCUCAGGAGGGAGAAGUCAAGGACAUCGUUUUAACAAUCCAGUCAACAGGCCCAGUUCGGUAUCAUAGGGAGAGGCAAGAUAGCCGGGAAUAGAACAGAAAGCACCCUGUGAAGACGCCUCCUCCAGGCCUGCCUGCAGGCUCCCAGGAGCACAGGGCUGCCCCCCAAGGUCACGUCCCCAGGGAGACAGGCCCCAGGGCCCACCCCCUACCCAGGCACUAAGGCACUCAUAUAAGGCCAGCAGCCUGGCUGCCCAGCCCCCGGCACCACCAUGCCUGCCUCACCGCUUCUCUCUCAUCUGGCCCUGGUGCUGGCGGCCUUGGGGGCCGCACUGGGGGCUGGAACCCCCGGACAAGAGGCCCUGAGCACCCCAGCACUCUCUGAGGACCUGGCCUUGGGCCCCAGGGGCCUCAUCUUCAGUGAGGACUGGGCCUGGCCGCCCCCGAACAGCCCUGAGGACCCCCUGUGCCUGGUGACACUGGGCAGGGGUGGCAAUGGGAGUGGUGCCCCCUUGCAGGUGGUGGGCGCCCUGGGCAGCUACGAGCAGGCCUUCCUGGAAGCCGUGCACAGUGCCCAUUGGGGCCCCCGCGAUCUGGCCACCUUUGGGCUCUGUACCCCUGGUGAAGGGCAGGCAGCCCUGGCUCCGCUGCAGCAGCUGGGCACGUGGCUCAGGGACCCCAGAGGGCAGCGCCUGGUGAUCCUGCACCUGGAGGAAGUGAUGUGGGAGCCCACGCCAUCGCUCAGGUUCCAGGAACCCCUGCCUGGAGGAGCCAGCUACCUGGAACUGGCGCUGCUGGUGCUGUACCCCGGGGCAGGCCCCAUGGCCACCGUCACAGGGGCUGGGCUGCCAGGCGCCCAGGGCCUCUGCCCAUCCCAGAACACCCGCUACCUGGUGCUGGUCGUGGACCACCCAGAGAGUGCCUGGCGCAGGCCCGGGCUGACAUUGACCCUGAAGCCACGUGGACACGGCGCCGCCCUGGGCACGGCCCAGCUGCAGGCGCUGCUGUUUGGUGCCAACCCGCGCUGCUUCACAAGGAUGACCCCCGCUCUGCUGCUGCUGCCACCUUGGCCCCGGCCCACGCCGCUGCCUGCACAGGGCUCAGUGGACACUGUGCCCUUCCCGCCACCCAGGCCAUCCCAGCAGCCGGAGGCGCCGCGCAGCGCAGACCCCUUCCUGGAGACGCUCACGCGCCUGGUGCGCGCGCUGCGGGGCCCCCCGGGCCGGGUCUCGCCGCCGCCCCUGACCCUGGACCCAGGUGCGUUGGCCGCCUUCCCGCAGGACCUCGUCAACCUGUCGGACCCCACGGCGCUAAAGCGCCUGCUGGACGGCGAGGAGCCGCUGCUGCUGCUGCGGCCACAGCCCGCCGCCGACGCCGCCGAGGGGGACGCUGCGCCUGUGCCGGGCCCCACGGGGGAGGCGCCGUGGGCGGCGGGCCUGGCGCGCCGCGUGGCCGCCGAGCUGCAGGCGGCGGCCGCCGAGCUGCGGGGCCUCCCGGGGCUCCCGCCAGCCGCCGCGCCACUGCUGGCGCGCCUGCUGGCGCUGUGCCCGGGGAUCGCCAGCAGGGAGGGCCCCGCGCGGCCGCUGCGCGCGCUGCUGCUCCUGAAGGCGCUGCAGGGCCUGCGCGCAGAAUGGCGCUCGCGCGAUAGGCGCGAGCGACCCCAGCGCAGCGCGGGGGUGGCACCCGGCGGUGACGGGCCAUGCGCGCUGCGCGAGCUUAGCGUGGACCUGCGCGCGGAGAGCUCCGUGCUCAUCCCCGAGACCUACCAGGCCAACAACUGCCAGGGCGCGUGCAGGUGGCCGCAGUCCGACCGCAACCCGCACUACGGCAACCACGUGGUGCUGCUGCUCAAGAUGCAGGCGCGCGGCACCGCCCUGGCGCGGCCGCCCUGCUGCGUGCCCACUGCCUACGCUGGCAAGGUGCUCAUCAGCCUGUCGGAGGAGCGCAUCAGCGCGCACCACGUGCCCAACAUGGUGGCCACCGAGUGCGGUUGCCGGUGA